AUGGCGAAGAAAUCGGCAGUCAAGACGCCAAAGACACCGGCGCGUCAUGCCGAUGACUACUCAGAGAGCUCAGAGGAAGAUGAGGUGGAUGACACAAUGGUGCAUAGUCCGCAAAUACAGCACCUAGCAAGCGAUCUCCCGGACCCGUCUUCACCAGAGAAAGAUGUGCCACGCCCAAGUGCACGAGUAGAGAUCCGGAGGUCGAGCACGAGAGCGACCAUGGGCGCGAAUCAGUCGCGUGAGGAGACAGAUCAAUCGGCGCAGGCCGUCACGAUUGAGCACCAGGCCCAGCGAUCACCGCGAAAGAGUACGGGCAAGCUGAAGAGACCUUCGGCACCUUUCAACCCUUUGGGUUCCAGGCGUAGUACGACACAGGCAGCGACAGCACAAAGACGCAUAGGCGGAGAGAAGCAGGUCCGACCAGAUGAAUAUGACUUCAACCCGUCACCGCUUAGAGCCACUCUACGCCUCCCACGGAAGGAUCUGAAGAGUUUGAGGGAGUUUUCACCUACCAAGAAACAGAAGCAGGCUGCCGUGAAGGCUGCACGCGUGCCUACACGCGAAGAGUCUUACGAAGCAACGCAGAGGCAGGUGGACGCGACCGUGUUUGGUGCGGAGAGAGACGCAGAUGAGGGUCUGAGCAGUCCAAGACGCUCACGGAGGCAGGCUGAGGCCAGCUGGACGCCUGCAGAAGCGGUAGUGCAGGAGGCAGAGGAGCUGGACGGGGAGGCUGAGGAGUAUGCGCAGCAAAUGCAACACCUGCAAGAUUCGAUGCACAAUCAGAUUGACGGGAUAGCACACGAGAUAGAAGACAACCCUACAGCAAAGCCACAACCACGGCGAUCACCUCGAAAGCCUGCGACAGCUUCGCAGCUUGAUGUGACCACCUUGCGACCAAAGAAGAAUAGAACAAGCGCUGGGUCGCGCCUUUCGACCGCUGCAGACGAAGAUGGAGAGAGUGCUUCCACAUCACGUGCAGCACGUAUCGCCGAGGAGAAUAGACAAGAGCGUGAGGCAAGGCGUGCCAGGAAGCAAAAGCUUGACGAGCGGGCUGAAACACGCAAACAGGAAGCCGAGGACAAAGCAAGCAGUCGUCCACCUGAUCCUCGCAGUAUUGAAAAGCCAGGCCGCCCUCGAAAGGCACGCGACAGCGAAGCUGCGAGGAAAGAGGCAGAAGAUGCUUCACUUCUGUCCCUUGGAGAGCAGGGCGAAGGCGUCGUAGCGGAUGAUGAAGGUGAUGCCGAUGCUGGAGGCGAGGACGAAGAUGAUGAUGACAACGACUUGCUUGCUCCGACCACCGUGCGAAAGGUCAGGUCCGCACCUAGGGUAGUGAUAGACAAGGCGCGACCUAGCGAGCUGUUUGGUCGUAGUACGACGGCCAAUGAUCUUGCUGCCUCAAGCCCGGAAAAGAGUCCACAGAAGCGAAAGCGGGAAUGGGUUCAAAGCCAGGGCAGUGCAUCUGCUGCGAAUACCUCUGCUAAGCGACAGAAGCAGACACUUGCGGACACCGCCAGUGGCAGUGCAUCAAUGAGAUACGGAGAGGGAGACGAACCCGAAGCAAAAGGUGCGCAAGCCCCUGGCCGUCGUCUCUAUGGCAUGUGGCGUGCACUCAAGAUUGUUCGCAACGCUGUCGCCGAGAUAGGAGUGUGGGUAAGAGAGGGCGAACCUCAGCCUGCACGAACGAUCAAACUCAGAGAUCAUGCUGUGAAGGCCGUUUUCGAUUUGUGCGACGAGUAUUUGGAGGACGACUUGACGCAACCUGAAGCAGAGGUCAACGUUGAUGAUCUCUCAGAUCAAGUCCGUGCACUGUACACUACUGUGCAUGGCGAAGCACCGGAUCUUGAGAACGAAGUGCGUUGCAAAAACAUAUAUGCCAACCUCUUCCCGCAGCUCGUAAAACUUCUAUGGCGCAUGGUCAAGGACUACGAGAAAGCAGAUGCCGGUUCUCGCGAAUCACUUACCCUCGAACGCCUCAGAGACAUCAGGAACUUUAUCAGAAUGACCAUCAACCUAGGCAUCGGCGCAAAAGACUUCAAAGCUCGUCCAGGCACCCACCUCAGCAUCGUCCAACCCGUCGACAGUAUAGUCGCGAAACUCAAGCCCAUCGACAAAGCACUCACACUACAACUCGUCCGUCGCGAGCGAGAAGAAAUUACUCUAAUCCGGAGCCAACGCGCCGCAGAAGACCGCGCACUAGCCGCCCAACGAGCAGCGGUAGAAGCCAGACAAGAAGAACGCGUCAAAACCGCCCGGCGCAAAUGGAAGCAACUUCAUAUUGAACGUCUCUGUGCAGAAGGCGGCAUCGUGCCAAGACAGAAACGCCAACAUCUACGUAUGCCAGAGCCGCGGGUCGAGUACGAUCAAGACGGCGCGCCAUUCACGCGCGAGGCUGUCUUCUGCCCACGCAUCGGACCUCCUCCCGCCGAUGUAGAGAAGGCACGGAUGCUGGUAUGGUCGAACGUGCAUCUUGCGGCGCUUGCGGAAGGUUUGGCGCGGUAUGCGGGUGCGGAUGUGUAUGAGAAGAUCUUUCGGCAGUAUUGUCCGCGUGGGGGGUGCUUGAAUGGCUAUAAUGUCACCGAGAUUUUGGUGUGUGCGGCGGGGUUGAAGGAGUAUUUGGUUGGCUUGGCGGAGGAGGCGGGGAAGGAAGUGGAGGGGUGGAUUGGUGGAAUUCCAGUUUGGACUAAGGGGUAUCCUUUGGGGAAGGAGAAUGAGGAGGAUGGUGGUGGUGAUGUGGCGGCUGGUGCGGGACGGUGGGGAGAAGGGCUUGAGGUCGUUGAUGAGGAGGAUGACCAAGGGGAUGAAUUAUGA